AAAUCCAAAUAGACCGAACCAGAGACUUAAAAGCGGUACCUUUCGGUCUCUCUCUCUUCUUGUCCUAACUCUUCACUUCAGAAACAGACUUACCUCCGUCGCCGCCAUUAUCUCGCCGGCUGAUAAAGAGUAUCUCAGACGAGAAAUCGACGCCGGAGGAGAGAAUAGCAAUUAAUCUCUCUUGUUCAUCGAACAAAAUGUCAUCUUCUCUGUCACUUCACUCCUCCUUCAUACCUUCAUUCGCUGAUCUUCCCGACCGUGGAUUGGUCAGUAAAAACUCUCCGACGACUGUUUCCAUUACCAAGUUUCCAACUUGGGAGAAGAAGAAGCAGAUCUCGAAUCGGAACCUGUUCAAGCUAAGCUGCGUGAUGGAGAAGAGUAUCGAUGGAAACACUCAUUCUGUAGUUAACACAACCCCGGAUUGCUUAAAUGCUAUUAAUGUCAAAGAAGAAGCUAGCGUCGCUACUUUACUGAUGAACUUGGAUAAUAAAUUCGAUCCCUUUGAUGCAAUGAGCACUCCCCUUUACCAGACAGCUACGUUUAAGCAGCCUUCUGCUAUAGAAAAUGGCCCAUAUGAUUACACAAGAAGUGGGAAUCCUACACGGGAUGCACUUCAAAGUCUCCUUGCGAAGCUUGACAAGGCGGAUAGAGCAUUUUGCUUUACUAGUGGAAUGGCUGCUCUUGCUGCUGUUACGCACCUUCUCAAAUCUGGUGACGAGAUUGUUGCUGGAGAUGAUCUAUAUGGUGGCUCAGACAGAUUACUAUCCAACGUAGUUCCAAGAUCUGGCGUUGUGGUUAAACGAGUAAACACAACUAGUUUAGAGGAGGUUGCUUCUGCUAUUGGUCCCCGGACAAAACUUGUGUGGCUUGAGUCUCCAACCAACCCCAGACAACAAAUCUCUGACAUACGAAAAAUAGCUGAGAUGGCUCAUGCUCAAGGUGCACUUCUGUUAGUUGACAACAGUAUUAUGUCACCGGUUCUCGCUCGGCCGUUAGAACUUGGAGCUGAUAUCGUGAUGCACUCGGCUACUAAGUUUAUAGCCGGACACAGUGAUUUGAUGGGGGGUGUGCUUGCUGUAAAAGGCGAAAAAUUGGCAAAGGAGUUAUAUUUCCUCCAAAACUCAGAAGGUUCUGGAUUAGCUCCUUUCGACUGUUGGCUUUGCCUACGAGGAAUCAAGACAAUGGCUUUACGCAUAGAGAAGCAACAGGUAUUGACUUUUACCUUUCUAAUUACGUAUAGACUAUGGAGUUGUAUCUCUCUCUUUUCUGUUGGUUUCAUUACUCACAUACAGGAAAACGCACGGAAAAUCGCAAUGUACUUGUCUACUCAUCCAAGAGUGAAGAAAGUGUACUAUGCUGGUCUACCAGAUCAUCCUGGUCACCAUCUCCAUUUCUCUCAGGCAAAGGGUGCAGGAUCAGUUUUUAGCUUCAUAACAGGAUCUGUCGCCCUAUCCAAGCAUCUUGUAGAAACCACCAAGUACUUCAGCAUUGCUGUCAGUUUUGGGAGUGUUAAGUCACUUAUAAGCAUGCCAUGCUUCAUGUCACAUGCAAGCAUACCUGCGGAAGUUCGCGAGGCUAGAGGCUUGACGGAAGAUCUUGUCCGUAUAUCUGCAGGCAUUGAGGAUGCUGAUGAUUUGAUCUCUGAUCUUGAUAUCGCCUUCAAAACCGGUCCCAUCUAAUAGCUCCACUCUGAGAAAAAGACUGUUUUCUAGUCAGUUUUUUGUGUGUUUUCAUAGGUUCUUGAAAGAGGAAUCUUUGUUAAGUAACUACAAAACAUGAUUUGGUGUUUGAUAACACAUCUGCUAAACCUGUAUUCUAAGUUUGUAAUAGACUACAAAUCCAAAUAAACUUGUAUUGCAAGUA